UUCUUAAUCACCUUUUAAAUGGACUGUAUGUGUUGUUUCACAUGGUCUUAGACCUUUUGCAUCAUCACAUGAUCUUUAAAGUGAUUUUGGUGAUGGAGCAUUCUUUUUGAAUUUUUUAAAAUUUGAGCCUUAAUCAACGAAUGCUUUUCAAUUUCAAACUUGAUGAUCUUUUGAAGAAUUAUUUUAUCUCCUUUAACUGGAAAUUCUAGUUGGUCACUCAAGAUCAUAAACUCGAAAUUGAACAGCAUAUUCGAGGCAUUACGAAUGGUUUUAGUUUGCUGAAUUGUUAUCUUCUCUUAAAAAGUCUUCCACUUUAUACAAGAAUUCGGAUCCGGUGAUUAGACCACUCCAUGAAAUGGACAUGAGCUCGCUGGAAGAAAUUCUGUCUGAAAUUCCCUUAUGGGUGAAAUGCCCCGAUUAUGAACGAGUAGACUGGUUAAACAAGUUUCUGUUGGAUAUGUGGCCUUAUCUUGAUAAGGCAAUAUGUGCUACAAUAAGAAGCACUACAGAACCUAUAUUUGCAGAAUACAUCGGCAAGUAUAAGAUACAAGCAAUUGAGUUUGAACAUCUAUCUCUUGGAACUCUGCCUCCUAUAAUUCAUGGUAUUAAAGUUUAUCAGACUAAUGAGAAGGAUUUGCUCAUGGAACCAGCAAUUAAGUGGGCCGGAAAUCCUAAUAUAAUUUUGAUGUUAAAAAUAAUGUCUAUACCGAUUAGAGUUCAGUUAGUUGAUUUGCAAGUAUUUGCGGCACCACGGGUAGCUCUAAAACCUCUAGUGCCUACAUUUCCUUGUUUUGCGAACCUUGUAGUGUCUUUGAUGGAGAGGCCACACGUAGAUUUUGGACUAAAAAUCUUGGGAGGGGAUGUAAUGUCUAUACCAGGCCUUUACCGACUUGUUCAGGAGAUCAUUAAAAAACAAGUAGCUAGCCUCUACCUCUGGCCCCGCUCUCUCGAUAUACCUGUCCUUGACUCAUCAAGUGUGGCUAUAAAGAAACCUGUGGGAAUACUGCAUGCAAAGGUCGUGAGGGCAAUGAAACUCUUGAAGGCAGAUCUUUUGGGAACAUCUGAUCCAUAUGUUAAACUAAGCUUGACUGGAGAGAAGCUGCCAGCAAAGAAAACCACAAUCAAAAAGAAGAAUUUAAAUCCCGAGUGGAACGAGAACUUCAAGAUUAUUGUCAAGGAUCCGCAGUCUCAAGUUCUGCACCUCGAAGUUUUUGAUUGGGAUAAGGUUGGCGGACAUGACAGAUUAGGAAUGCAAAUGGUUCCUCUAAAAGUGUUAACACCCUAUGAAACGAAGAAAUUGACUCUCGAUUUGCUGAAACACACAGAUCUGUCCGAUCCUCAAGAUAAGAAACGAAGAGGGCAAAUUAUGGUUGAACUUAAUUUUGUGCCAUUUAAACAAGACAGUGCCAAGUUCAUCUACCCAGUGGAUGGUGGGAGCGAGAAGUCCUCCGAUGAGCAGUUAAGCGGAGCGGGUUUACUUUCAGUUAUUGUUCAAGGAGCUGAGGAUGUCGAAGGCGAGCAUCACAAUAAUCCUUUUGCUUUUGUCCAUUUCAGAGGAGAGAAGAAGAAAACUAAGAUGAUUAGAAAAACUCGCGACCCGCGUUGGAAUGAGGAAUUCCAGUUUACACUUGAUCAGCCUCCCUUACAUGAUAAGAUUCGUAUUGAUGUUGUGAGCAAACGGACACGCUUCAGUUUUCGAUCUAAGGAAUCUCUGGGGCAUGUCGAAAUUAACCUUAACGAUGUUGUGCAUAAUGGACGCAUCAAUGAGAAAUACCAUCUAAUCGAUUCGAAGCACGGAGUGAUACACGUUGAGAUUCGGUGGGAUACAGUUUGAAAAUAGAUACAAGUAACAUUCUACUUUCUGAUUUUAAAGUUGCUAAAAAGAAUAUACAACAGAACAUACUUUCAUUGUUUCGAAAGCUACAGUUACUGGGUUAUACAAAUGUUGUUCAUAA